UCGAUCUCGCGCCUAGCAACACUGAGCCAUCAGCUGUGUGUGUGGUGUUUUAAUCGUUUUAAUCUUCUAAUCCCUUUGUCAAACGUCUACCCCCCGGUGCUUGUUGUCGGCUUGCGAUGCAAUUAAUUCGCUCCGGUUUACCACUAACGCUCAGGUUGAACUUCUGAACGCGGUCUUGCAUCCAGUGUCGGCCGGGAGGCACUUUUGUCCGAAAAAAAGGUCUAUGGCAGCGGAAGAAGAUCCCAUACAUCCCCACUGCCUGAACUGCGUGAACGUUGCCAAAUGUUCGGCGCGCCUGGAGAAACGAAUCAGCUGCCAAAUCGUGCACUGCAAGCUUGAAUGCGGUGCCAGCUUCCAUGCCUGCAAAGGCGACGAGCAUCAGCUGCUCUGUGCCAAUGUCAAGGUGCCAUGUGCCAACGCCGUCAAUGGCUGCCCGGCAUGGAUGCUCCGAAACCAGCUCGGCAGCCACCUGCAGCACUGCCCCGCGAGCCUCGUGUUCUGUACGGCCGAGUGGAACCGGUGGGGUUGGCGUCGCAGCAUAACUAUGCGCGACCCACAGUACGUCCAUCGGCAGUGUGCUGAUCAGUCAGGAAGGCUCCAGCUGGACUUUGCUCUAGCCAUGCGGGACCUGCGGAGCCUCACGGACAAGGACAUCCGUCGUCCAAAGCCAAUCCCGAAGAAAAGCAAGGAUGGCACCGCCGUGCCAGUGGCCGCACCGCCUGUAGACAUUGGGUCUACUGGCAGCCAUCGUUACCCGUACAACGGCCGCUGCAGUAGUGGCAGUUACGGCGGUGUCCCAAUCGCGAGUUUGUUGAAUGGGUACAUCAACAUGCAAGAGGGAAAGAAGUCUGACCUGUCGUCCGCCAUCACGGAUGCCGAGAUACAGCGCCUCAAGGAAGCCAAGAAAAAGCACAUUGAAGAGGAACACAAGAGCAUGCGAUUGGCUGGUGCACGCUAUGCUUGGAGGCACGAUCUUGACCUGAACACUGAACUGUGUGUUGAGUUCCUGACGCGGUACCAGGUGAAGCCGGACACGGUGUACACGUUUUCUUGCUCCCAGGUCUUUCGUCGAGACGAAUACGCUUGGCAUUAUCAGAAUGUCCACAGGGACAUACACUGUGGCCUCAACGGCUGGCUCGAGCACCGAUGUCCAUUGGCACAGUAUGGCUGCACCUACUCAAGGAGGAUGUUUCACCCGAUAUUGCCAGGAUCUCAACUCGUUUUCAGUGAAGUGCUGGAGAGCUUUGGACUUUCUUUUACAUCAGCGGUCGACGGCGCAAGGCCAAGUGAAAAUGGUGAUGCAGGUGAAAGCUGCUCCAAAAGACCGAGUGGCACUUCCACGAACGGCAGUGAGGUUCUGAAAGCUGCCUUACAGUCAUCAGUUGAAAAGGCGAAGCCAAAUGGAAAGGGCGAUGCACAUGAGGGGGCACGGCCUUGCCUGGCCAAUGGACACUUGCACACUAGUGGUGCUUGCAAUGAAACUGGUGGUGCCACAAAGUCCAGUGGCAAAACGUUGUCGGACUUGCCUUUUGAAAUUCUGCAGUUCAUAGCUGGCUUUCUGGAUGCUUUCAGCUUGAAUAACCUCUCUCUCGUCUCGAAGCGUUUGAGGGAUGUCUCUUGUUCACUCCUGACCAGCCGUGGAAUGGUGGUGUUGAAAUGGGAGAGGCUAGGAAAACGUUGCUGGAAUGUCCGCUCAGAGAGCUGGUACUUCAGCAACGGAUUCAGUCCAAUCACGGAUUGGGUGCUUUCGGACGAGGAGCACAUGUCCAAUCACCUGAAGCAGUGCAGGUACUUUGAGCCCAACAUCAAGAAGAGGCCUACGGCCGUUUGCUUUGGCAUCGGGAACUCUCGCCCCAAGACCAUGAUUCAUGUCGUUUUGUAAACGCUGCCGACUUGAGCAGCACCAGUUCUUUUUUGUCUUUGCUAAUCGGCCUGCGUGGCAAAGGUGAACUCUUUGGGGGAAAAAAAGGGUGUCAGAACCUAAUACUCCCUGACGUAGUGUGAUCAGCGGUCCUUGACAUCGGGUGCUGUUACUUUUACUUUUGGAGGGGAGGGUUGCACACUGCAGGUGUGUGGAGUGGCCCGUUGUCUCGUUUAUUUUACUCAGAAGAGAUGUUUUGAAGAGUGUCCUCGAGCGCCUGGUGAGAUCAAUCUGUUUGACUGUAAAGUACUGUCGUUGGUGCAGGGAUGGAAUGGGGUUUUGACGGCGGCAGAUAUGCUGUGCUGCUUGUGCGAGUCGAAGAUGUUCGGUGAGUGCUUGGGGUGUAGCAUUCGUCUUGAAAUCGAGAGGGAAAUGAGAGCGUAGUGUGCGAAGGGUUCUGGCAGUUUGCCAGUGUGGCGUUGCACUUGAUGAUCUCAAGGAAAGCAGGGGCACUCUAAGCCAAAUGGGAGUGGUUGGAGCAGUCUUCUGCUGCACGACAAUAAUCGUCAUCUCGAUUGCUUGCGUUUCCUUUCUUGAAAACUGUGUGCUUACUGCCUUCCUGUGAAGAGUGUUAUGUCAUACCUAUAGCUGCACGCUGUUCGUGACCGUGAAGUGCAUGGCGACAAUGCAAGGAAAUUAUGCGAGCUGGAUGACGUAUUAUUGUUGUGGGGCAGACAGACGCCAAAAUACGCCUUUCAUCUUGUAGUGUAGGGGGCAGCUUGCUUGCGCAACGCCUCGGGUGGAGCUAGGAGAGGUGGCAGCUUCUGAAUUGUCAAAUAACUGCAGUAGAUAAUUUGGCAUGCUUGGUUCUGCUUUUGAGAUGCUAAAGAGCGUGCUGUUGGAAGCACGCUUAGAGGCCGGGAGUCAAGUUGUCGACCUGUUGCUUCCAUUGAAGCUUAGGGUAUGUAGGGAAGGAUGACAGAUCAAAGAGCUGAUUUGUGGUUCACGGACCAAGUGUGAGAAGACUUGGCUGUCAUGAGUCACGCUGCUAGCUAGCUAGCCUGUGUGGUAUCUUUGUACAUGCCGUGUCAUUGUGCUGGAGUGCUUGACCUGGAGAAGCAAAAUUUCCAGAAAUUCUGAACGACCUGCAAAAAGCGAAAGAGAGAGAAGGGGUUUUGGUCUUUUCAGGAACAGUUAAAAAUGAAUUUGUUUCACACUGCCCACAGUGUUUGUAUCAGAGCGACGUUAUACUCAUUGUAGGUGGAAAUAUGAACAGGCUUACAAUUUUAUUCUGAUGUGCUGUAGUCGGCGCGACAUCAAAAUAUUUUUGCAGUGCAGCACGAAUCUUUCGAAACACGUCUGCGUUUCGAAAUUAAGUGCUAGCAUGGUAUGUAGACUGUGUUGGUACCACUGUUUGUGCUCAGAGACGACUGUUGGUACCACAGUUUGUGCUUUCUGCGCAAAACUUUCCUUAAAUUUUCCUGUUGCAUUUUCUUUUUGGAUGCAGGAAAUUUCAAAAUUAUCAAAUGCUCAAGAAAAAAAAAAAGGGCAAGUGAAAGAUUGUUUUCCUGGCGAAAUAUCUUAUUUUGUGACAAUCCAAAUGUCUGCCUCACAUUCUCUGUGUUCUCAUUCAGUUGUGUGAUCCAUUCUGUGAAUCUUUCUUUACGGGCAGGCAGUUCUUGCUUGGACAGGUUGUGGUCUGUCGUUGGACAAGAGAAAAGUGUGGCUCUCUAUUACAAGUGCAUAUUGGUGUAAGGAUGUAGUAGAUGGAUUUGGUGGUGUCAGUUGUGCAAUCUAGUGCAUGAGUGUCGUGUCGUGCACCAAAGUAUACGACGUACGAAUGGUGCAAGCGUAGUGAGCUUCGGUAGUUGUGGCUUUUCUUGCGGUUAAUGUUCCGCGGUUGAGUACCUGUGAGUGGACGACCAAUGGUCAGCGCCAGUGGUGUUUGGCGAUGACAGGUGAAUUUUUGUUGCGAGAUUUUCGGUGUUUGAUCACUCCAUGCCUGCCACACAAUUCAGGGUCUUUCAUGUUGCCGAGGCAAGUGCAAGCGACGCCUUUGUAGGUAGCAAAGGGCACAUUGGGUAAUUGUAUUGUGCAGUGCUUGUCUUUACCAAUCAUCUGCAUUUACCAUGUGCCAAGACACUCAUAUCACAUUUUCGUUUUUAAACUUAAAAUGACUACACAGCAAGAGUCCUUUUUGACUAACGCGGCAGCCUCUGAGCUAACGAGUAAAACUUAAAAAGGUGCCAGCUAUAAUUCCUGAUAUUUUCUCGCACGAAGCACAGAACUUCGUUUUCAUGCAUACGUAGCUGACUUGGUGCUUUGGUGAACAAUGUUUUAUUUUCACCAAGCAUGCUAUUUAUGUCUAGUGGCUAAAUCUUUAGCUGUAGCUUGGGAAUUACUACUGAAUGUGAAGAUAAAUUUUUUUCAUGGACAGGUCCGAUCAUUUCAAGCGAUGAAACUAUUUCCGACUUGACGGCAUUUCUUUUGUAAUUUCUUCCUCUGAUUACCCUCCUCUUUGCGCCAUUUAUACCCUUAAAAAUAUUUUGUUGGCCAGUCAGGGUCGGGUUGUAUAAGUGGCACACAUGUCUGAAAUCAAAUGGUUGUAGAUUUUCCUGUGUUUAAGUGGUGCAGUGCAUAUUCCUUUAAUGUUUGUUGCCUAUUUAUUCUGUUUUUGUUUUCUCCUCGUGGGACGUACAUUGAAUGCAAGCCAUCUAAUGGCUUGCAAGUCAAUUUUUAUUCUUGUGGAUGUGAUUUUCUAGAGGAUAGCUGUUGUGAAAGUCUUCAGGAGAUGCUGGUUUCAGUGUGUAGGAGUGAAUUGCUUUGACACCUGUUUGCGGGUGUCGUCUUGCGCAUUCCAGUCAGUCCGCUUGAUUAUUAUGCUGGCCUCAGUGCUGACUUGUGUGUUUAGGUAGUAUGAAGUUUGUGCAAGUUUUAUGUUGGCAAAACUGCUGCAGCAUGUUGAGUAUGCCUCUUGGAUCGAUGCACAGUAAGGGGCGUUAGCUUAUGAGAGAAGAAAUAGCAUGAUCACAGUUAAAUUUCAGUGCUAAUGUUCAUUACAUGUUCAUGCUGUUUUAGAUUUGCUUCAUUAUAUACUAUAAUUCGUUAUAUUCGGUAAUUUGUAUAUGUGCUUGUAAUAUAGAGGUAUGGGGGAGCUUGUAUUUGGGAACAGCAUUAUUGUUGCCAUCCUGUGACACCUUUGAUUAACUGUAAUGCACUGGCUUCACAUGACUGUUUGAGUAAGAUACGAAUCAAAAUUGCCUUAGCAGUGACUGCUGCUGCUGAUGCACUUGUGCUAGCAGAUAAGUGCAAGCUGGUGAGUCAGCUCAACAUGAUUGCAUCGUCACAGGAUGCCACAAACUGUGGUUCUACAUAUUUCAGUAUUUCAGAAUCCAUCUAUGCUGGUACUGCUUGUAUGCUAACGCUCAUUAUAUUAAAGUUCACGCUUCGGCGCCACUUUGGAACUUUCGAUACUUGACAGUUUCAUGUGCUUGUUGUUAGUCUCUUCACAACUUCUCAUAAGUUCAGAUUCUCACGUGCUACAUACCGUGCCAGUUUUCAAAAGACUGGUGCAGUUGCUGCUUUUUGGCGAUGCAUUGGUUUACUGGGGCGUGGAUGUUGCGACUUCGAAACGUACCUUGAGAUAGUGACGGCCUUAUUGAAUGUGACAAGGGCUUGUGUUUGCAUAGCGUUAGGGUUAUACGUGCUCAGCUCAAUGUAAGAGAGAACUUCUCUAUUGCAUCAUGCAUCUUCCAGUCCACAUAUCUCGGAGAUUAGUGAAAAUAGCGUCUAUAUUUUCUUAAG